GAGAGAGCGAGAGAGAGAGAGAGAGAGACACAAAGAGACACACACAAAGAGAGAGUGACACAAAAGCACCAACUGCGGCACGUAACAGUGACUGUGGUAAAGUCUACUUGCAGAGCUAGUUACGGAGCAUUCUUGGACCUAAUGGCUCUCCGUAGUCUGGUGAUAUGACAGCCUUCCUGUUCCUGCAAAAUUCGUAUUGUUUUGGCGGGGUCUGUUACCGUUUGUGUCUUCCUCCCUUCGGACGUUUUAUCCGAUGUUGUAAACAUCAACUUUCUUAAUACGAACUAUGGAGCGUGGAAGGCGGAGUCGAGCAGUAAGCGGCAGAACAUCGGAUCUGCCGAUGCGCGUGCAAGAAACCAACAGAAUGAGCAUGGUGUAUACAACACCAAAGAACAAACAGCCUUCCUUUGGAAAGCUCAACAUGCCCAAACCGCAGUCUGGGACCUCUGAGAGGCGGACCAGCUUCUUUGAUGCCAGCCGAACUAGUGGAGCCAGCAUGCCUCGCAACAGCAUCAUGUCAGGAUUUGGAGGAAGUGAAAAGAUAAAAGACAGCAGAGCUUUGCACGAUAAAGCGUUUGUUCAGCAAUGCACCAGGCAGCUGCACGAGUUCUUGACAGAGCACAGUUACCCAGGCCCCUUGUCAGCCAAGACCCUCGUGUCCCCCUCCACCAAGGAGUUUGUGAAGGUGUUUGAGUUUGUUUACUGUCAGAUAGACCCCACGUUUGAGAUGCCAAACUCAAAAGUUGAGGAGGAGGUUCCAGCUCUCCUUAAAGCCCUGAGGUAUCCAUUUGUGCUCUCCAAGUCUUCAAUGUAUUCCGUUGGAGCCCCCCACACCUGGCCUCUGGCCCUCGGUGCUCUCACAUGGAUGAUUGAUCAUGUCAAGUUUGUCUCGCAUAUGGGUGAGAAGGAGACGCUGUUCCGUGACUUCUUUGAUGGCGAUGAGGACAUCGAGGAAGGGUUGGAGUAUAACAAGCUUGUCGAGGACUACUCGGCUGAGGAAUACUCCAAGUUCAUGAAGGGCGAGGACAUGUUUGACGACAUGGGGGAUGUAUUCCUCAAUAAUCUAACCAAACUUUAUAACGUUGGCGAAGCCCUGCUGGACUCGAUGGAGGAGAAGUACAAAAUCCUCAGCACUGAGCUGCAUCUACUGGAGAACGACAGCCAGGCGGACCGUCUCACGACCAAGAGGUUGCUAAGAGUGAAGCUGCAGACAGACCUGAAGAAUAUCCUGAUUUAUCAAAGCAAACUGGAUUCGUUCAAAGCAAUCCUGGAGUGCAAAUAUUCAGAACUGAGUGAUGAACAGGAGACUACUGAGAGUCACCUGGAGUCUCUCAAACAUGAGCAAAAUGAACUGCAGCAACUCCUGAAGAACCAGAAGUUUACUCCAGCUGAUGUGGAGAGGAUCACCAGAGAGAAGAGAGAGCUCCAGCAGACCAUCUCCAGCCUCAGCAAGUCUCUAGAAGACGCUGAGCAGCACAAUUGGAACGAGGAGAUCGCCCUGGCCAAAUUCAACGAAAAGGCGGAGCUGAAGGUGGCAGAAUACCACAAGCUGGCCCGUAAACUGAAGCUGAUCCCGCUGUCUGCAGAGAACGCCUGUGGUCAUGACUUUGAGAUCAGGCUUUUUGAGUCGGGCACCAUGGAUCAGCAUAAAGUUAAGAUACAGAUGCUCCUGAUAAAGCUGGUCGGUAACGUGGAGGAGGAGAACAGUCGCCUAGCCAACAUGAAACUUAGUUUAGAGGAGUUUUAUGAACAGGUUGGUUGUAACAUCUUGGACAAGUCAAAUGACCUGAAGAAUCUCAAAGAGCAGAUCCGCAAGGUCGAUGAGCGGCUGGAUUCUGUCAUGCAGGAGUCGGCACAGGAGGAACAGGACUGGGCCACUGAGAUGGAGACAGUGGAAAACCAUCGCGAUAUUCUGAAGAAGAAAGUUACGUAUGGAUACGACGAGGCCGUGCUGCAACUGAAGGCAGCACAACAACAGUACCACCUGGUGCUGCAGGAGACCAAUGAGGAGAGGCGAACUGUAGCAAACAACCUUGCGUCUGUAUUUACCACAGCUACCAACCACCUGGCAGUCGCAGAGAAGUGCAUGGAGGACCAACACAUCGGAGUGCAGCGUGUCUGCUCCAAGGCUGUGGAGGAAGAUGACGCCGCUAUACAGAAGCUGGGGGAUGUUGCCAAGAGCUUCACGGCCAGAUAACUCAAGAGACUAUGGAAGCGUGGGGAGCUUUAUCUGACAUUUGUCUUCUUAAAUUGUUUGUGUUAGAAAAAAGUGCUCCAUCCAGAAAAAGGUUUUGAAGUCUAGAUGCAUGUCGUUCACUUACCCUGUUACCUACAUGUUCCAGAUGUUCACGUUGGGCACAUAACUCAAGAGACUAUGGAAGCGUGGGGAGCUUUAUCUGACAUUUGUGUUCUUAAAUUGUUUGAAAUUAUUUGUGUCUUUUAUAUUUAGAUUCUCAUUCAUUAGUUCAUAAUUGUUCACUUGCCCUGUAUUAACAUGUUCCAGCUUUUCACGUUGGUCUUUUGUGUCAUUCUUUGACACAUCUCAGUUUUUUAAAUUAUUAAACCCUUGUAUACUAAAUAAAAA